AGCCAUCACCUUGAUUGUGAUUGUAUAAAUGUAACCCUACCUCCAUCUCUUCCAUUUUCCAUUCUCCAUACACAUUUUUUAACACCACACAGAUAUAUAAAAAAAAAAACAUAUACAUAGGAUUCAAAAGGAAAGGCAAGCAAACAUACAAUAAUGAAGAAGGUAGCAGAAUUCGUGAAGGAUAUAGUAAACAUGUUGAAGAGGAAGACAAGAGCGUUUAAGACUCGUCUUGUAAUAUUCUCGCUGCUCCACGACAGAAACAUGAUGGUGAGCUCGUGGUCUCACAAGCUUAAGGCCAAACCAACAUCAAGAAAGCUAGAUAGUGGUGGUAAGGAUCAGGAACAAGAUCAAAACUUGGUGGUGGUUUAUAGCCACAACGCCAUGUCUAGCACUCCUGCUGCCUCUCCACAAUAUGUACAAUAUUCAGAAGAAGAAGAGGAAGAGAAGGAGGAGGGAAAGUAUCCAGAUCCGAGACACUCGCUUUUUGAGGCAGAGGGUUCGGUGAUAGACAUGGUGAAACACUCUAAAGAGGACAAGGGAGAAGAGUUUAAGUUGGAAGACGAGAUCGACAAAGUGGCUGAUCUUUUCAUUUCAAGGUUUCACCAACAGAUGUGGUUGCAGAAGCAGAUCUCUCUAGAGAAUAUUCAAGAUACACCCUGAGCACCACACCACAUCAUCAUCUAAGCACUUUGACUACACCAUAACGACCGUUUAUGUAUCGUUUCAUGGUCCAUUAAAUUUUUUACGGGCUUGUAUAUAUACGAAUUGCACGCAUAUUUUCAGCUUUUAAAUCCUGUUAAGGCCCAUUCACCAAUAUAACUCACCAUGUAAACACAGUGAAGAUUAUAGAGGAGUGAACUACAUGAUA